GAUGGGAAUUUUAAAGUAUCUACAAAGGAGAGAAAAGUCUCAAAUGCUGCGAAAGGAAAACGGUCAACAAAUUUGGAAUAAUUUCCUAUACGGAAAAGACGCUAGAUUCGUCAAGACAAGUCGUAGACUUGGGCGCUCGUUGACCUUUAAUUGGAAGGACGCUAAAAAUAUGGAGGAAGAAGAAAAAACCGGUCGAACUAGGAAAUUUAGCGCUCCUGGAGGACGUUCUCUUGAUUUAUUGGAGGAAACCACUCCACUCUCUGUACAAUUAAAUUUUAUACCGUCUACACACUCAACACCGCCUGUUCUUAUAGUUCGACCUAAAGCUAUGUCAACCCUUAAGAAUGUCUUGAAGACUGUCUGCGAAAAGAGCUGGUAUGAGGUUGACGUUGAUCAGUUAGAAGUUGUAAUUGAAAAUUCAGCAACACCACUACCUCUAGAUAGCGUAGUCUCAUACGUAGCCGGCUUCAAGCUAUACGUUGGCGUUAAACAAGGUGAUGACCAGUCAGGGACGACGAAGGGAAGGAAAAGUGAUGAGGAUCAACCUUCUCCUCUACCGAGGCAUGAAGAGCCAUUAGCAAGACGGCUUUCAGAAUUUUCUGUAGCCCUACCACGCCCACCCUCUCGCUUUGAAUAUGAAAAAUUUGACCAUGACCCAUCUUUACUACAUGUGAAAUAUUCGUGGACUGAAGUUUUUUCAGAUGAUGGCCUCUCGAAAAAAGAGAAGGAACGUCAGAAUAUUAUAUGGGAAAUAGUCAACUUUGAAGCGACAUACGCUCUUAAGCUACAAACCGUCUUCGAAGUCUUCAUCUGUCCUUUACUCUGUCUAAUGGACGAGAAACUGAUUGAGUCGAUAAAAGUUGGUAGUGUCAUUGCUAAUUUAGCGGAAGUCUUUUCGAAAUGUGCUAAACGGUGGAAUACAGUGAUAGGGCCGUUUAUUAGUGAAAUUCGUUCGUCGAAACAGCCAGCGGAAGCAGCUAAAGUGGCUCGUUUAUAUAACGUCAACAGUUCAGCAGGUGACGACCAAUUAUCGGACGAAUAUUUCUCGGAAGCUUACUUAUAUAACUUGCAAAUUGAAAGUUGUGAAAAGUACAUAAAAUCAGAGCAAUCGAAAAAUUUAGCAUUUAAAAAAUUUUACGAGUGGGCCAAUAACCAUCCUAAAUUAAACAAACUUGAUUUAAGUAGUUAUUUAAAGAGUCCAAUGCACCACUUGACUCGUUUUGCUCUACCCCUUGAACGUCUCUUGCAGUGUACUGGUGAAGAUGAGCAGAAGAAAACUCUCGAAGUAACUGUUGGUAAAAUAAAGAAUUUUGUUGGUUCUAUGAACGAACAAGUUCGCCGAUAUGAACAAGAAAUGAAAUUAUGGGCAAUAGAGGAAAGGAUAGAUGGCUAUGAUGUUGUAGAAAAUUUACCAGAAGAUAUUAUUUCGCAACUUUCACGCCAUAAUAUAAGUCUACGCCUAACCUCUCCCAUGUUUGGAUGUCAGAAGGCGCAGCAAAGAAGAAGAUUGAUGUAUGAAGGAACUAUAAGAAUGAAAGAUAACUCGGGAAGUAAAUUACAAGAUGUCUAUUUGUUUCUAUUUUCUGAUAUGAUAUUAAUUACGAAGAAGAGUUAUCAGAGGAAAAAUGAUAACAAGCUAAAAUUAGUCAAACCUCCUAUGAGGUUAGAUGUAGUUCAAUUAAUAUGGCUAAAAGAAUCGUCAUUUGCUCUCUGCUACCUUAACGAACUAAAUAUGGUUCAGGGUCUUUAUACAUUCCUUUCCACAAAUACUAAAUGGUAUGAUGAAAUUACAAACGCAAAGAAGACUUAUAGCGAACUAUUAAUGUCUGACCGUCAUGAAACAGACAACGUAAUAGAAGAACUCCUACGAACAGCUCCACCUGACAGUUCAACGGAACUACUUAGCCGGCUAGGAGAAAAGAACGACGACCGAUUAGGGAAUAAUGCUCACGUGUGUAUGAGCUUGGAGGAAUUAGAAAGUCGAUGGCCUUUGAAGAUUAGCGAUAUCAGGUCGAGAGCUGCGACUGUCAGCGGUAUCGAAACGAAGCCACUUUUAACACCUAAAGCUUUCGAGCCUCUUUACUCUUUAGGUAGUUCUUUAACAGCCCCUUCAUCUCCCUUCAAGAAAAGGUAUGACACUAGUUCAUCUUCAUCGACACCCGAUUUAGAUUUGGGUGAUGAAGACACAAAAACUAGAACACAUUCUAGGCGAUCGGGAAGGGAUAUUAAACGUUAUUGGACAACAUCGCUAAAUGAUUUUCUCCAGCAACCAAAAGCGAACUCUCCUGUACAAAAAGUGUACUCUUUGAAUGGUCAAAGUGACUUUUACGAUAACUAAACAUGAUAUAUAAAAAUUGCUCAAUCGUUGUUUCGUGCAUUUCCUUUCUCUGAUGUGUUAAAAACCGCCUGCUAACAAUUUGAAUGUAAUUGUGUCGACCGUUAUUGAAAUGAUUAUACUUUUCGUUUAUACUAAGGGAAUUUAAUACACGAUUAAAGUCUACCUGUUC